AUGCAGUGCUUCCACCGCUGGACCAAGGUCUUCAACGGCGGCACCAAGGGGCCCUGGUCCCCCGAAGACGAUGCGCGUGUGGCGGAGCUCGUGGGUCAGAUCGGCGCAAAGAAGUGGAGCUGCAUCGCCGCUCAGCUCCCCGGCCGCACCGGCAAGCAGUGCCGCGAGCGCUGGCACAACCACCUGAACCCGCACAUUAGCAAAGUUCCCUGGAGCGAGCACGAGGACCACACAAUCCUGAUCCAGCACCAGAAGCUCGGCAACAAGUGGGCAGAGAUCGCGAAGGUGAUGCCCGGGCGAACGGACAACGCCAUCAAGAAUCACUGGAACUCCUCCAUGAAGCGGAAGGCGGAAAUCGUGUUCGCCCGCACGGAUCUCACCCCGAACAGCCCAGAGUUUGAGGGACACGGGUUCAAGAACGUGAUCGAUAUCGCCUUGGCCGCUGUGAGGGGCAGGAUUACCGUGAGCAACCCGAACGAGCCUGCAACACGCCGAGGACGCCCUCCGCGCAAGCGCAUCGAAGUCGACGGGGUGGUACAGCCUACCACCUCCAAAUCCCGGCAGCCGGCCAACGCUUCCAAACCGCAAGCGGCGGCCACCGCCACCGCCACCGCCGCCGCCAGUGCUUCGCCUUCCUCGUCUGCCGCAGCGAGCUUUGCCCGAGCACAGGCUGCUGCCGCCGCCACCGCCGCCGCCGCGGUGGCGCCAGCAGCGAGCGCUGCCGCACCUCCGUCGGCAAGCCGUGCGGGCGGUGCAGGCCGCGGGCGCCCUGCUAUCGGCACCACCGGCGAGCCCGACUCUGCGAGUCGGAGCCGCCGUCGGGGUCAGCAGCCGAGGCAAGCCGACAGCAGCGAGGACGAAAUGGGCGACAACGCGCAGGCGUCAGCGGGGAAGGGGCGCGGGAAGGGGGUACGAGGCCCCAGGAAGCAGCCGAAGCGAGGCCGCCGGCGUGCUGGUGCGGCCGGCGACGGGGCCAAGCGUCCCAGUCGAAGCAGUUCGAGCGCUGGGUCGGAGGAGUCGUUUGCUGAUGGGCAGGCGCGGGCGGGUUGGGAGCCGCUGACGCCGGACAAGAGAUUGCGCGCCGCUGGAUCUUCUCCGAUGGGGGUCAUGACUGGCUUGAGCAAGCGUAUCCACGACGUGAGCUUUAAAGACCGAGGGAGCGCCUCGCCCAGCCUCCACAGCUUCUUCCCCAACACUCCUGGAGGCACGGGCAUGUCUCAGUACUCCUCUUUGAACGACGUCACGUUGCCCGCAUGGGACACUCCGAAGAACAAACGUCGACAGCCCGGCGGCAUGGGCCGGUUCCACGGGGGCUCGGCUAGCGGUGGCGGCAGUGGCAGCGGCGGGGGUCCCGCGGCCGACACACCCGACAUGUCCCCCCUCUGGGGCGGGAGGCACAACGGAGCGUCCCCCGCUCUGUCGGCUAUUACCGCGGCCGACAUCUCGCCGUACCAUGUCGAAGACGCGACGUUGCGCACUCCCGGCGGAGGGAGAAGAGGGGGCAAUGGCGGGGGCAACGAUGCGGACGACACUCGAGACGAGUUCAUGGACAUCAGCUCCGCCGCGCGCGACCUGAGGGAGUUCAAGGCCAGCGCAGGUGGUCACCGUGCUCCUUCGUCGGCGGAGGCCAGUCGCGGGCGGUCUGGAGGCGUUCAGGCCGGCAGGGGUAAGGGUUCGCCUCGGACCCGCUCGAGCCAGUCAACCACGAACCGCAUGUUCGGACGGGGUGGGUCUAACAUCGGUGGCAGCCCCGCCCAGGAUUCACCGUCAUACCACAUGAUGGCUGGCUGCGAGAGCGACGGUUGUAUGAGCGACAACGACCAAUCCUUCCUGCCGAAGCGCAAGCUGGACCAGCUGGCCGCCACCCCCAACUCCCGCAGCAGCGGUGGCGACGUGGACGGCUUCUUCGCCUCCGGCUCAAGUCCGGAAGAUGGCUCCGGCGGUGUCAGCGGUGGCUACCAAGUGCGAGAUGCCCGGGCGGGCGGCGGAGCGGCUGUGACCCCAGUCGUCAAGCGCCGUGCCAUCCUGUACGACAGGAGCCCCGCCGAGAACAACAACGGCGGCAAGUCUAGUGGCGGCACCAACGCCGCGGCGACCGGCGCCUCUGGCGCGAGUGCUGCCGCCGGCGCGGCCGCCACUACAGCCGCCACCGCGGCCACCAACGAUACGGAGGCUGCGGCCGCGGCGGCCUCGGCGCUGCUCGCGGUGCGAUCUUCCGAUGGCCCGAAGAGGACCGGGGGCAUCGGACGCGACGCUGGCUCACCCCCGGCGCCGGCGACGCUGUCACUCAUGGACUUCUGCCGGUCCAGCCCCGCAACGACUCUUAUGUCGUAGGCGCCCGUUACGCCAACAAAAAUGCGUUUCUCAAUUUUACGGAUGGUGGCGUGCGUUACAUACAUAGAGGCAUUUUGUAAGCUCGUGGCGGUAGGUGGGUACCGAGAGGCGAGAGAUGGAGCGUCGUUUAGGGGGGGAUAAGAGCGUGUUUUGUUGUGAUCUAAAAAAAAACUUGCUGCCUGGUGUAGGCCUUGGAGGUAUCCCGUGGGUCGUGCACUGAGUUUGUACAGGGCAGGUCCCGCGAAAGCAAGAAAUAAGUAGCAACCCCCAACCCUGUCUAUUCUCCGGGCUGUAGGUGUGUGAAGCCUGUGGUUUUUCGCCGUGUUGUUUGAGUUUUGUCGCUCGGUCCACGGACCGUGGCGCGAAGCACGCAACAGGUGUGUGCAGUUCACUUGUCUAGACAGAAUUAUCUCCGACCAUAGAUGCACCAGGUGAAUGAAGCAGGUGGCUGCGUACUUUUUGGCCGGCCCGGGUGCCGUAGUAUCUAUCACGUGACAUUCGGGUUGUGUUCGGUCUUUGGAUGUUUCCUGUCGGUGUUUCUUUCUGCUGUCGUGUGUUCUUGUGGGCCGUCUCGUGUUGAUACCUACGUUUCGUUUCUUUUAUUUUCUUGUGGCCGAUGCGCUCAUGUCUCUGCGAUCCUCCGCUUGUCAAAUUAGCUGUUCUUUCGAGCGUCGAGUUAUGUAUCGAUCUGGCAAUCCUUCGGGGAGACCGAACCGCUCAACAACAGCAGACGUUGGACGGCGUAGGAAGGGUAAUCAGCAUGUAGCAGGUUUGUGUUUACUUUUUUCUUGGAUUGUGCGGCCAAAUUCUUACAACUUUGUGUGUGAACAUUGCGGGAUUAGGGAGCUCACCUUUUCAGGCUGUACAACGUCCGUAUGGGUUUGAUGCUAGUGCUGUCUUUCAUGGCGUGUUCCAGGGUUGAACGGUUGUCGUUGACGUCUUUAGCGAUAUUUUGGCCCGCUAUCUGAUGACGGCGGCGACAACAACAAAGAAAAAGAGAGGUGUAAUUGAGUUGGAAGUUCACGUGGUAUGACGGACGAGCAAUGAAAGGCUGCGUCAUUGGUCCUCUGUGGCUCUGUAGACAAGAAACUCAUUUUGAUGCGGUAGAUGCUUCCCAUGCCGCGUCUGGUUGGUUGGUAUGUAUUGAUGAAGGUCUGAUCGCAUCUCGCGGGGAAGGAGUUGGUGGCCUAAGCGGAGUGCGACAAAAGCCGAGUUAUUCGUUGUGGCGGUCGGUCGUAAUGUAGUGAUAUUGUUGGUUUUGGUUUAGCCGGUCAAGGCCUCGGUUUUUGUAACGUUUUGCGUGGGGAUAAAUACUUUCGAGUCAUAGUUUACAGUCCUCUCUCUUGGCUGACCUGCCUUUUUCGGCGUUGCGUGUCGGUGUGUGUUUUCGUGUUUUCCUUGUGUUUGAGGUGUGCGCAGCCUCAGAAACGGCUCUUGCGCUCUUGCCACAGUCUUUGAA